GAGUCUCCCGAGCCCAUGGUUUCACAAGCACGGGAGCAGCUCCACCCCCAGUACCAGAGGUUCUAUUGGGAUCUGACCAUGUUGCUCCUGAUGGUUGGAAACCUCAUCAUUAUCCCUGUGGGCAUCACUUUCUUCAAGGAUGAGAACACCACCCCAUGGAUUGUUUUCAAUGUGGUCUCAGACACCUUCUUCCUCAUCGACCUGGUCCUCAACUUCCGGACAGGCAUCGUGGUGGAGGACAACACCGAGAUCAUCCUGGACCCCCAGCGAAUUAAGAUGAAGUAUCUGAAGAGCUGGUUUGUGGUGGAUUUUAUCUCCUCCAUCCCUGUGGACUACAUAUUCCUCAUUGUGGAGACCCGGAUCGACUCAGAGGUUUACAAGACAGCCCGGGCUCUGCGCAUCGUGCGCUUCACCAAAAUCCUCAGCCUCCUGCGCCUGCUGCGGCUCUCCCGGCUCAUCCGCUACAUCCACCAGUGGGAGGAGAUCUUCCACAUGACCUAUGACCUGGCCAGCGCCGUGGUGCGGAUCGUCAACCUCAUCGGCAUGAUGCUGCUGCUGUGUCACUGGGACGGCUGCCUGCAGUUCCUGGUGCCCAUGCUGCAGGACUUCCCCGAGGACUGCUGGGUCUCCCUCAACCGCAUGGUGAAUGACUCCUGGGGCAAGCAGUACUCCUACGCGCUGUUCAAGGCCAUGAGUCACAUGCUGUGCAUCGGCUACGGGCAGCAGGCGCCCGUUGGCAUGUCAGACGUCUGGCUCACCAUGCUCAGCAUGAUCGUGGGCGCCACCUGCUACGCCAUGUUCAUCGGCCACGCCACGGCCCUCAUCCAGUCGCUGGACUCCUCACGGCGCCAGUACCAGGAGAAGUACAAGCAGGUGGAGCAGUACAUGUCCUUCCACAAGCUCCCCGCCGACAUGCGCCAGCGCAUCCACGACUACUACGAGCACCGCUACCAGGGCAAGAUGUUCGACGAGGAGAGCAUCCUGGGCGAGCUGAGCGAGCCCCUGCGUGAGGAAAUCAUCAACUUCAACUGCCGGAAGCUGGUGGCGUCCAUGCCGCUCUUCGCCAAUGCGGAUCCCAACUUUGUGACGUCCAUGCUGACCAAGCUGCGGUUCGAGGUGUUCCAGCCGGGCGACUACAUCAUCCGGGAGGGCACCAUCGGCAAGAAGAUGUACUUCAUCCAGCACGGCGUGGUCAGCGUCCUCACCAAGGGCAACAAGGAGACCAAACUGGCCGACGGCUCCUACUUUGGAGAAAUCUGCCUGCUGACGCGCGGCCGGCGCACGGCAAGCGUGCGAGCUGACACCUACUGCCGCCUCUACUCCCUGUCGGUGGACAACUUCAACGAGGUGUUGGAAGAGUAUCCCAUGAUGAGACGGGCUUUUGAAACCGUGGCGCUGGACAGGCUGGAAAGAAUCGGUAAGAAGAAUUCCAUCCUGCUGCAUAAAGUCCAGCACGACCUCAACUCCGGGGUCUUCAACUACCAGGAGAACGAGAUCAUCCAGCAGAUUGUGCAGCACGACCGAGAGAUGGCUCACUGUGCUCACAAUGUCCAGGCAGCCGCCGCCGCCUCCACCCCAACCCCUGUCAUCUGGACACCAUUGAUCCAGGCGCCCUUGCAAGCUGCAGCAGCCACCACCUCAGUAGCAAUAGCUCUGACCCAUCACCCGCGCCUCCCAACGGCUAUCUUCCGUCCUCCGGUGUCCAUCUUGGGCUCCUUGGGGCAACAGUCCAGCCAGACGCCAAGACAACUAAAACGGCUCCAGUCAUUUAUGCCGUCGGCCGGUCCUUCUGCAGUAGGUUCUCCGUCCAGCACGCCAUCCCUGCUGCACACGCCUGGAGCAGAAACCCCCUCGUCGUCUUCCUUCCAAAUCCAGCAACUAGCAGGAUUCACGGCCUCUGCUGGCUUAGGCCAGUUCCACCAGGCCUCAGUGGGAUCGCCUUCCCCUGGCUCGAGCCAGCAGUGUCUGGGUGGCACGUCGCCAGCGGGACCCAACCACUUUCAACAGGCACCUUCGGGAUCUCCCUUAGGGACCGCUCAGCCGCCGCCGCUUGCCAGCAGCUCUCUGCCUAGCGGAUUUGGCCACUUCCAGCAGGCCCCCACCAACUCUCCACCUCCUUCCUUCCCCCAGCUCUCCGUGGGCUCACCUAGCACUCUGCUCAGCCAAUUCCAGCCCACCCCGCCCCGGCCCCCGCAGGUGGGGCUGCUCCAGCCGCUCCCGGGCAGUGGAACUUUGGGAGGGAUGAACCACUUUCCGCUCCCUCCUGCUUCCAGCUCUCCAGCCUCUAGCUUAAGCCAGCUGGCACAGGCCUCCGGGGGCUCCCUUUCUGCGCUGUGCCAAACACAACCAAGUGCAUUAGGGUCUGCGGCUGGAACGCUAGGGCAGCUGCACCAGGAAAGGUCACCGCUUGCCUCCGUGUCUCCACUGCAGCAGCCUGGCGUUGCCUCCCCAUGUUACUCUCCUUCCGGCCUCAGUCCUCCCAGCCAAAGCCCAGCGGCCACGAGAACUUUCCCGUGUGCUCCGGCGGGGGCCUCGGGCUCCCAUGGAUCUCUGCUCAUGCCUCAGACCCCCAGCCCACCUCCACAGGCCCUUCCACCCAAGAGCUCUCCACAUUUGCCACCCGGGCGCCUGAGCCAGGACAUCAAGUUGAUUUCUGCCUCCCAGCCGUCUUUGCCCCAGGAAGUGGCCCAGACUCUGAGCCGGAGCUCUCCCCUUUCCUCCCGGGAGUCUGUUCUAAGCUUCUCUCCUUUCCCGGGGGGAGGGGCGGGACUUCUCGGGAGGCCGAGUAGCUCUGUCCCUGGGCGCAUGACUUUGCCACGCCAGAUGUCCUCAGGGUCUCUGCCGCACCCGCUAGUGUUUGGGGCCAGUGCCGUGGUUGCCCCCUCCCUGACUGCCGGUGGGAGGAAAGAGUCUGUUGUGCUCCCCGGGGAGCUAGAACCUGUCAGGUCCAAACUGCCCUCCAAUUUGUGAGGAUUCCUCCUGGCGGUGUGAUGCCGCUCGGUUCACACACCCUGGCUUCCCUUUCCCUUUCCCUUUCCCUUUCCCUUUCCCUUUCCGCCUUUGCCUUUCCCUUUCCGCCUUUGCCUUUCUUUCUUUGGUUGGAUUGUGAUUAGCGAUAAACAAACAAGAUAACCAGGUAUUCUUAGAGCUAUAGAUUUUUGGUCACUUGAUUUUAUAGAAUAUUUUACUAUGUGGAGCAAAAGAAAACGAGGAAAUUUAAUCCACUGAGGCAAUGCACAGAUAACAUGUGUGCCUGACUGGACCUUGUGAAUGAUCAGCCAUAGAGCCACCAAAAGGGUUUCCAGCGGAGACCCAGGGCCCAGGUGACAUGGGCGGGAGAAGGACCAUUGGGCUGGUGCGGAGCUGGUGUGUUUUGGAACAGCGCGGCUGGGAGAGCUGGCCUGUUGUGUGUACACUGGGCAGUUUGCUGUGCACAUCAGAAGGUCCAGAUCCCCCAGGGGUCUCCCCUGUCCUGAGGGGCUUGCUGAGGACGUGGCUGGGGCCCGUAGGGCUGACACAGUUGCCUGUAGGGAUUAGAAUCGCAAGGGCAGGGGUUUGGGUGCAUUGCAUGCCCCAGCUUCUGAUGCCUUCCCGCCCCACCCAGGUCUUAGCAGGAGCCAAUGGCCGUUCCCUCCGGGUAGCUCCAUCCCCUGGGUAUUUCCAAAGGGGGGGGAGCGAGGCAAGUUGUGGCCGCUGCCUCACUCCCAGCGCCGGACUUGGGGGCAUCCAGCAAGUGGUGGGACAGUCCAUUUGCCUCCCCUCCCUCAGUGUGAGCAGCUACUCUGGGGGCCUCUGCUUCGAAGCACAAGGGCCAGGAGCUGGGGGCUGUCGAGUCCAGCUAAUUCUCACCUUGCCCCUCCUGAGUUCAGGGAAGUCCAAGGGGGGGCACAGUGGCACGGCAUCCCCCUGGCUCUCUGCCAGGAGCCAGAGGGAGCCGCCUGCUUUGCAUCUCAAUUACUGUCAUUUAAAAGAUGUCUGUUAAGUGCUGCCAGCAGGCCUGUGCUCCUCCUGCCUGGCUUCCACAGCAGUAACAGCCUGCAGCUGGUUGGCUGGGGCGCCACUCUGCAGGGACGUUGCCAGACUCGGGGCUGGGCUCCCCGAGGGGAGACUGUCCAGGUGGGGCCAGGACAAUGGCUCGAAACCAGGAGAGGGUUCAGCCACUCGAUGGGUGCAGCGCUGCCGAUGCCCCCUCUUGCUUCACUUGCCUUUCUGUUUCUUAGACCAACAGGCAUCUCUGCUCCCCUCCCCGGUGCCCUCCUUCCUCUGCCCACACUAGCAGAGCCCCUCCCGGGCGCCAUGGAAGGGAGGGGAAAGCAGCCUUCCCGCACAGCGCCCCAGGAACAGGGACAGCCCGAGGGAGAGCACCCCUCCUGGCUUUCCCCAGCUCCUGGAAAACCUGCCCGGCUGCUGGUUGUAUGCCAGACGGUUUGCCAAACUCUGACACAGGUCUGUAGCUCCCAAGGCUGCAAACGUGGCUCAAGGUCUUUUGGUGGCUCACAAUUAAGAUGUAGUCAGCUUUGGUCUUCCUUAAAGGGUCAAGGGUAUUCUGGAAAUGUUUUCUACUAACUCAAUACAGCUAUAUAUGUGUGUGUGUGUAUAGGUGUAUAUGUAUAGAGAUGCAGUAUACACAGCUAUAUACAUAUAUACGAUAUACACAUAUAUAAUAUAUAUAUAUAUAGAAAUAUAAUCCUAUUUUUAAAAUACAUGUCAGUUUUGACCCUCCUGUAGGGACAAUCGGCAGGCGGCGCCUAUAGUAUAUAUACCUUGCUUUUGGAAACAUAUAUAGGAUCAUCUGCCCAGCCCAUCUGAAAACAGGAACCACUGACAGAGGGGGAAACUGACCAACAACCUCCCCCCCCCCGCCUCCUUGCUCAAGGAGACGAGAGGAUCCCUAGAAGGAAACUUUGGGUGGUCUCUUUAAAUUCCCCUCCUUGCCACAUGCUGGACAGACACAGUGAGCGUCUUGAGAGGGUGGGACCUGAGCAGAUGGCGGGGGCGGGGAAGGCGGGGACGGGGGGAGAUCUCGCAAGAGACCAGCAGAACCAAGCCUUGGCGGUUGUGUUACUACUUGAAUUUCGAAUGAGGCCCAGGAAGGUUCAGACACACCCCUGGGCUGUCACUGGUGGACUUUUAUCCCCCUCCGCCCCCAUUCCAUUUGGUGGACAGGCUGCAUUCGAGCAAGUUUCUUUGUCUGGAUUUUCUAGGGGACACGAUUUGAUCUCUGACCCUUAGCGGUGCAGUAGCUGAUACUAGGUUACUCCAACUGGACCUCAGUCAACACGUCACGGUAGUGUGAAGUAUUUCCUUUUAGUCUCUAUUUUUUGGGGUUUGGUUUUGGUUUUUUGUGAGGAAGGGAAGAGUUGUAGGGGUGGGGUUUGGAAUAUAAAACAGACAUAAUAAAAAAACCCUUAGUAAAUAACAAACUCCCUCUGGCUUGGAAUCUGUUUACUUUAACCCACAGGAGAAGAUAAAGAACUGACCGUACUGGGGGCUUUGUAUUUUCCUUCCUGUGUGUACCCUGGUCUGUCUGUACUUUCCGAGAUGCCCAAGUGAUUUUGAAGGGGCUUCCUUUUUCUAGGAAAAUAAAUGAAAUUAAUGGGUAGCAGGUUUAAAACUAAUAAAAGAAA